GACCCUCCCUGUUGCUGCACCCCAGCCAGGGGGUGUCCCUGGGGGACACUGUCACCCUGCGCUGCCACCUGCCCCGGCUGGCUGCCUGGGUCUGGCUCUACCAGGAAGGAGGUUGGACAUACCUCAAUCACAAGGAGAAGGAGAAUAACACUGCUGAGUUCUCCUUCAUUAAGACAACAUGGGAACACGCAGGGAUGUAUCGGUGCCAGUACCAGGUGUUGGUGCUGUUCGGAACGUCGGAGACAAGUGACCCCGUGCAGCUGGUGCUGACAGAUCACAUAUAUCCAUCUCCUUGCAUUUCCCUGAGCCCCAAUGAUCUUGUGGGCACGGGGACAAAAUUUACAGUCCACGUGGAGAUGGGGGCCAAUGUCACCAUUCAGUGUUGGAACACGGGCUAUAGGGGAACCAUCCUUCUACACAAGCAUGGGCACUCAGCCCCUGUCCAGCAUCAGGACUAUAGUGGUGUGGGCACGGCCGCCUUCAGCCUCUUUGCGCUGACCCUGAGUGACGCUGGCACCUAUGGAUGCUCCUAUCGCCCCAAGUCCCGCCCUUUUGUGUCCUCAGCCCUUGGGGACAGCGUGAUGCUUGAGGUGACACCCACAGCCGCACCCUCAGGUGCCGAAAGGAAUUCCCGUGGGAACCUGGUGGUGUCGGUGGUGAGAGGCUGCGCUGCUGCCUUUGUCGUCAUCCUCGGCCUUUACUUUGUCCUAGAUGCACGUAGACUCAUGGUGUGUUGAGAUGAUAGUCCUGGUGAGGAAGUGGUUAAAUGCCUUUGAUCACCAUAGAUGCCCCUUGGUGUCCUUCUCCUCCCCUCCUCUCCUCUGUGUGUCCCUCGGGGCCUUCCAUCACCCACCCUUCUCCCUUCCCUCUGCAUGCAGAUCCCCCUGCAGAAGGCCUGAGGCCAUGCAGCUCCAGGUCAGUGUCUGGGACGGGGGACCCCAGAUCCCAGCCUGCACCUUGGGGCCGCAGGAUUCACCACGAAGGAACCCCUGUACCACCCCAUUGGGACCCCAGAGGAGCCCUCCUAUGGCUUCAGCUAACUUGAUGUGUGCCCCCUAGAUGCAGUCCAUGUGUAAUCCCAGAUCUACACCACCCCCUUGGACAUGCCCAUGCAUAUCAGUUCUGUAGGGCCCCCCAUGCAUCUUGUGGACACAGGUGGUGUCAUCCCCCUGUCCCCCUGUGUUCCCAGGUGCUCCUUGGUGAAAGCGAGGCUCUGAACUCUGCUGAGCUGUGACCUCUGACCCCUCAUGGUCCCCCACCACCUCCCAGCCUCCUGCUAUCUAUGCCGAGGUGGGUGCUGGAGGACCUCACUGACACCUCCUCAGUCCAGGUGCCUCACUUUGGGCAGACACCACGUUCCUCUUCAGGGCAACUUGAUGCUGAGUUCCUUUUCACAAGCUCCUUCCACACAAACCCAAUACCCCAAAUCUAGCACCCCCAAAUCAUUACUGAUGAACUCCAAACGAUUUCAAUCCCAGAAAACUCUAAACGCACUGAACCCAAAAUGCUGCCCUCCCUCUGUUCUGCUUCUAGCAUCGCUUGGGAGGUGGUGAGCACUGCUUUGAGAGACAUUUCCUUAUAACUAUCUGCACAUAAAUACACACAUAUACACAUAUACUAUAACCAUUACUGUUAUUUCUCUCUUCUUGUUGUCGCGUGGCAAAUAGAUUUUAUCUUGACCCACAA